AUGUGAAUGAAAUCAUAAACAACAUCGACUCCUACUUCACAGAAAUUCACUUAUCACAGUCAGGUCUGGAACAAAUUAACCGUGAUAAAGGAGGGACAGCAGUAGUUUGCAAAAUACACAAUUUCUGCUCCACAGAUAAUAUUGACCAAGUACAGGGACUUUGGAAACCCAGUAAUGGUGAGUGCAGUCAGGAAGUUCUCAGACGCCAGCUGAUAUUAAAUGAUGCAAGGCCCAUUUUUCUUGCUCCCAGUUCGUCUUAACCGUAAAGAUAUUCUCAACGCAUAAACAUAACACACUUCCAGCAGUUUGGGGAUUUUGUGAAAAGUCAGCCGAGCUCCAUCCGUUUGUAAAAUACUGUGCAAAAUUGAUCACUGAUGAUCAGUAAAUGAAUAAUCAGCCCUUCUGGUUGAGCAGAGCAAAAAAAACAAGUUGCACCCGCAAUUGCUGACUCAGGUGGAGAAAUCGACAUAUCUGGUGAUGUCAGACGUGCUUCAUUUCCAAAUAUGAGCUUUUUGUCCUGUUGUUGGAUAAAUAGUGAUUGUGAACUGUGCCCUGCGGCCUUGUAGUGUCGAGGUUUGAAAUGAACCCUUUAUCUCCAAGCUGCUCAAUUUCUGCUCAUGUCACUCUGCAAGCACGCGCAUCCUCAUGCUGUGGCGUUAGCUUGAUUGAGUGCACAAGACGUGGUGAGAGUUGUGUCUGGCCAGCUGGUGACUGCUUCACCAUGACAACCUGCUCAUGAUGCCCUGAGCAUCCCUCAGUUCCUGGCUGAGAGCAACAUCGGUGUGCUGGACAACCCUUCCUCCUUGCUUGGCUAACUUGACACUGCCGCUCUGUGAGGAGAUGAUGCUAAAGAAGGAAGAAGGGGUGAGCCGUGAAUUCAAAGCACGCACUUUGAAUACUUGAUACAGUAAUAAUAUUAGACAUUAGAUAUUGUCCCGGUUCGGGUGGCAUUGCCAACAGUCUGGCCUGACAUCAUCAGCAGUGUAGUUCCUUCUGUUGUUCUCAUGGGGAGACAGUCACUUGGGGACAAACACCGCAACAUGUCCACUCUUCAGAUAGCAGCGGCUGCACAAAUGUCCAAAUAUUAUGAAAUGACGCUUUUCAUUGCAAGAACUCACACAGAUUGAUGACUUUUACAGAUCAUACUCUUCAUUCUUUGACGACUUCUGUCACUGAUUUCUUAAGACGCCGCAUUGUAGAUGACGUGCAGUCUCCAGCCUUGAACUUUGCCGUGAUGUAUGAGGCGCCUUUUGUGUCGUAGCUCACAAUCCUCAUGAAUAGCUGAAAGUGGAGAGAAAUGAGUCAUAUCUGCGCAAAUGCUUACCAAGGACCAAUGUCAAUACUUACAAUGGGAUGUGCUGUCAUUGGCUGUCCUGUUGCUGCUGCUGUCAUAUAUAGUCCUCACCGCCUCCUAUCACCAGUCGCUCCUCUGCUCCAACCUCUGCUGCUGGAUUCUCUCGAGUCCCUUCUGAGAAAACUACCUGAGACGUGAAAAGGAACGUGCACCUGUCACUUUCAAGGAUGACAGCCUUUAUGACACGGUGCCAUGUACACCUGUUGGCGUGUGCUGCAACGAGCCCCCAUCCAGGACCCUGACUUUGGAUCUGAAGGAGCUAUACGAUGGAAGAGGCAACAGAGGUGCGAACAGAUGGCAAUUCUCUGCUGAAGGCCAUCUCUCUGAGUCGUCUUCGUCUGACUCGGCUGCUGCUGGAAGGAGGGGCUUACAUCAACGAGAGCAAUGAAUACGGCGAGACUCCGCUCAUGGUGGCUUGCAAGACACGCCACUCAGACGCGCAAAGUGUUCCCAAACACAAGAUGGUUCAGUAUCUCCUGGAAAAUGGCGCCGACCCAAACAUCCAAGACAAGAGUGGGAAAACUGCCUUGAUGCACGCUUGCCUCGCAGAGGCAGGAAGUGAAAUUGUGUCCCUCCUUUUGAGCAACGGUGCUGAUCCAACCGUGGAGGACACGGCGGGGUUGUCGGUGGUAGUUUACGCCAUUAAUGCGGGCAACAGGGACAUCCUCAAGAUCCUCCUGGAUGCCUGUAAAGCCAAGGGCAAGGAGGUCAUCAUUAUCACCACCAACAAGCUGCCAUCCGGCCAUCAGACCACAAAGCAGUACUUAAAUGUUCCUCCACAACCUGACCUCGAGGACCGUUUGCCCUGCCCUCCCACCUGCUCUUCUGCGUACAACAUCCAGCGCCGAAUUUCUCCACAGGGCUCUCCCCAGCCUCUGAGAAGUACACAGUGUCCCGGCCGAGGUGAAUGUCAGCCAGGUUUUCCAAUACGUGUUCCUAAUAUGGAUAAGCGCCUCAGUCUUCAGCCAUUCCACUCAGAGCAAUGGUCUAAAAGUCCAUCCAUGCUGCUCCAGAAGAGCCAGAGCUCCUUGCUGACGGAAGAGCAGGCAGAAACAGCACCUGAGGAGGAGCUGUCCUUCAGAGGCCUCAACAUCCACAGUCAGCCCCAAAGUGCGGGCGGGAAAGAUGCCCCGCUGUCAGGGAAUGACAAAAGAGGGCAAAAUGCACGACGCUUUGCUCGAAAGAUGUCAUAUGACAGCGCCGCAAGCGCACAGCAUUCUGCUUCGCACCCUAACUUGCACCAGGAAAACAAGUUUUCCAAUGAAGCCACUUCUGCCAAUGAAAGUACAUAUGACGGUCUUGGACACUUCAAUGUCUCUAGUCUGCAAAAUGUUAUUCUUCGACGUAACAUUGGUGCUGACCAUUACAGUUCCGAUUCUCAGUUGUCUCAGUUUGGGAGCAAAGACAGAAGCUCAAAAGGACCAGCAAGGCCCAAGAUGGCCAACAGCAGGUCCUCCACCCUGUCAGGUUCCAGAGAGUCUCUGGAUUGUUCUAUGCAGCGAAGAGGGCUUGUUGGUCUGGAACGAAGAGGCUCCGGGGCGCUGCUGCAGGAUCACAUUGCCUCCACUCGGCCAGGUUAUCUCCCCCCUCUCAACCUCCAUGCUCCUAUUCCAGAUAUCGGUGUCAGCUCCGUCUCCUUGUGCCCAUGGACUGGAAGCAGCAAACCAGUGAAAGGUGGUUUUAAACCUAUUUUCCCGAGGGACCUAAAGUCUCAUACCACUCUGUGGAGGCGCCACUCCAUGCAGAGUGAGCAGAUCAAGCAGCUGGCUAACUUUGAACAAAAGUAGGAACACUAUCUUUUUAAACGGAGAAACCACAUGUACCCUCUCGAUUAUUUGGAAACUGUGAAGGACAACACGCACAAUUCACUGCACUUUGGCAUAGCUUCUACAUCUAAAUGUGUCUCUCACAUCACAAGGCCCGACUCAAGGCAAAUCAGAAUUUGAUUCUGGUUGCCAAUAGCAACUCAACACAAUGUAUUCGGUACCUGGGCCACCUCUUAAAAUCACCACUAUAACGUCACUGCACAACAACUCCAAACUAAAAACCUCUACACUACAAAAUCAUCUGGAUUAUUAUCAUCCCGCAACAUGAGGCGAUGCUUGCGGAUGAGUGACACAACAACGGUGCAUUCCAAAUACAGUAAAAUGCACCUCUGCUGCGGAUGGAGUGGUCCAUGGUGGCACUGAAGUAGGAAUGGUAAGAAUGGCCGGGCACGUACGCAUGUUAUGGACAACAAACAGGUUUUGACCAUAGCAAGCAUAUGUGCGAUGCCCUGGAUUGGCGUAUACAGCAAGUACUUGGGGCAAAGGGUGGUCACUGCAUAUUUUCAAACUCCCUCAGAAUACCCCCAUACAAUUGAACUGCACAUGUUGGAGUGGCCCUUUAUUGUGGCCAACUUGUGGCAUCAUGCUGUCUCAUCAGCAUCUUGUCAAAUCCGUGACGCUGAUAAUUAUGCUAACCAAUUAUGCUAACUAAUACUAUAAUGUAAUGUAAUAAUGAGUACUAAUAAUUAUUACAAAUGUAAUAAUGUAACAUACUAUACUGUAAAUGAAAUAUUUUAUUGUACUGUUUCUGUAAUAUUAAAUAUGACAUGUAGAACAAGGGUUUUGAAAAAGUUGUUUUUUCUGUGUGUAAAGUGUCUAUUAAUAUGUGUGCCAUGCUUGAUUGACUGGUCCCGGGACUAGUCUGCCAAUGACCUAAACUUAGCUGGGAUAGGUUCCAGCUCAUGACAACCUUAAAUAGACCGUCUAACCCUAACCCUGCUCCAAUAUUAAGACACUCGCGGGCGUGUGCUUGUGUACCUGUACACGUACCUGUGAAACCCAGUCAGAGGGUUUCACAUGUAACCUGUAAGGAAAAAAAUUAAGUCCAAAAAGGAAAUUUAAUUAAGAAAUGAUACUUUGAAACUCAAAAAGAGAUGGUUGGUUGUCAAGGGGCAGCCGUGCAUGUCUCUACAGCCACUCAUUGGGGAUGGAGGGCUCAGUCCCAGUAUCCCACCCACAAGCAUCAUUAAAGGCAUAAAAUCAUUGUUGCUCUGGGAUGAUCUAUGAACACGAGGUGCAUUUUACUGUCACUCAUCCACAAUACUAUACAUACUGUAUGCUAUACUAUACAUACUAUACUAUAGCAAGUGGACACAGUCAGCAGUUAGAAGAUGCACUAACCGUGAUGUCAACAGUAUGUCUAAUGCAAGUGUGACAGGUCAAUACAGAUUGAUUAUUCUUUUAUUACAAAUAGAUGAGCACCAUCUCAUCACACAUACGUUAUAC